AAUCGGACAUAACAGAGGAGAUACAUGAAGAAGAUUCCGAUGCAGACUACUAUACAUACCAGACGAAAAUGAAACUGAAAAUUGGUUGGAGGAAAGAAAUCAGAUGUAAGAUUUUUCUGUUGAAAAAGAUAGGUGUUAUAUUGGUAAAAAUAAGUUCAAAUGGCAUAAAGACCAGCGUCCAGUCAGAAGAAACAUAACAUUGUACUCACUCUACCUGGACUACGACCAAAAGCUAAACAGCU